AUGGGCCUGUACGGGCCGUAUGAUCUUUACAUUGCACCGCUCGUGCGGGAUUACGCGGUGUUCCUACCGAUGCUAGGGUUUUGGUUUGCCCUACAGUGGAUACUGACGUUGUUGUAUAGGCACGUCUUGGGCGACGCCUUUACACGGCUCACGCAGCGGGUGCGUGAUGAUGUUGUUGUGCGCACUGUGAGCGCGUUGAACGGUUUGUUGAUGUUUGGCGCGGCUGUCUGCUUCGUCUCUAACAUGUGUGAUCACAACUUUGCGCUGUCUGGGGACUACUAUGCGGAGAUUCCUGGAUAUCGUUUUUUUCGCAUCUCCAUUGUGUCCUACUUUGCCUGGGACAUCAUUGUAUGCUUUGUGUAUGGAUGGAACCUGAUGUGGAAGGUGCACGCCAUUGCGAGUUUCCUGGGAGCGUAUCUGUUAUCCUUCCCCUUCUCGGACAACCACGGGUCGUACUUUACGGGCAUGUUUGAGCUUAGCAACGCCCCGCUGCAUAUUUCCACCAUUAUGCGAACCCUAGACUUCAAGGCGAGUUUUUCCCUCGUGCUCGUCAUGGAGGCCCUGUUUGCGGUGUUGUUUUUACUUAUUCGUGUGUUGGGUGGCACUGUCGUGACUGUGUCGUGGCUGAAGCUGACCUGCACACAGCUAGUGGAGAACUAUCACGCAGGGGGGGCGCUGCUGCACGGCGAGGUCCCGGUGCUGAUAUCGAUGGUGCUUAUUGUGCUGGUGCAGAUGCUGCAGUACAUUUGGUUCGUGGAUGUGGUGCGGGAAGGAAUCCGUCUUCUCACAAAUAUUAGGGGGACGCGGCAGAAAACGCGAACUGACUGA